AUGCCAGAAGAAUUAGUUUUCACAUUUGCCAGAGGGCAACUUGCAGACGCUAUUUUGGUUGCGCGGAAGUGCACCUCGUGUCUGGUUUUUGUGAACUUAGGUUCCGACCGGGACACCAUGCUUAGUGAAAUAGAAAGAUGUUUGAAUCGCAUCUUUAGGCGCUUAAGAACUAAGUAUGUACUUGAACAAGACACGUUAAAAGACCUCUCGAACAUUAGAGAAAGUUUCGAAAACUUGCUAAAUGGGUACUCCGAAAAUCAUAUAUGCUCGGAGUACCUUUACGGCACUAACUUCCAGAGAGCUGUAUGGGAACAGUUGAUCAAGAUCCCUUGGGGCAAAACGACGACUUACAAACAAAUUGCAAUUGAAUUAGGAACACCACGUUCCUUCCGAGCUGUAGCAAACGCUUGUGGCGCUAAUCCGCUGCCGUUGGUUAUUCCCUGUCACCGAGUCAUAGGUUCGAGUGGCUCUCUCGGUGGUUUUAAGUGGAGUUUGUUGCUCAAACAUCAACUGCUUAGCAGGGAAGGAAAAGUUGUUGAGUCGCAAAGUUCACGAUAA